UAGAUCACACAGGGUAAGCGUUUGUUUAACUUUUUAAGAACCUGACAAACGAUUUUCCAAAGUGGUUGCAUCACACGUCAGGUACUGAAAACCACUAUACUUUCAGAAAAGGAGGCUGAGUCACGAUGUCGUGUUAUGGAAAGGAAACCAACAGGAUAGGGUUGGAUCUAUGAAGGGGAAUUGUUUCCUUCUAGAAACUUAGGGUGUGACUCUGGACAUGGUUCUUUGGAAUAUACUCGCUUAAGGCGUACAAAGAAAUGCCUGGCUCAGGUGGAGAGAUCCUUCCUUGAAGAGAGGCAAGCCGCUCUUCCCUGAGUCAUAUCGGGGUAGGUUUACAGAGCUUCAGAGCACAUGUGAACAACAGCCAAGAUUUAUUUAAGUCAGCUUGGAGGCCCUUUGUGUUAGGGAACUAACUACGUUUUCUUUGCUAAACAAACCCUGGGACCUCCUUUUCCUGCUAGAGUCAGGAGAUGGAGAAAAUAGGGCCCAUUUCCUUAUCCUGGGUUUGUAAAUAGAGCAUGUAGGCUGGUGCUAGGGCUCUGAACCUCUCUGGGGGAGGGACCUAGCCCUUGUCUCCUGUGUCCUUGCCACCUGGUUAUCCCGCAGAGUCUGGGCCCAGAUGGUUCUCAAGUUGACCUCCCUCCCGUGAUCUUCAGGAGCCCCCUGGUUGAUAAAAUAAGGGUGGAACAUUUAGCAAAACAGAGCAUGAUUACGAAGUUACAUCAAGAGAAAAAGAACUAAUGUGAAAAGGACGUGCUGUAAAACAUUAAGGCCCCAAAGGGCUCUCAGGGGAGCAGUCUCUCUUAUUCCUAUGUUAACGACCAAGGUAUUCAUUGCCGUUCUUUUGCAAGGCAGACCCCUUUUUGAUCUGUGUCCUCUCUUUGGAGAAGCGAGCUUGAAUCUUAUCCAUCAUGGUGGCCACAGAAUUCACAACCUUCUUCUCUAACAUAUCUGACGACUACAGCUACCCCUCCACGUCUACCAUGGAUGAUGACUUUGAGAACACUUUCUGUGAGAAAAGCCACGUCAGGCAGUUUGCGAGCUACUUCCUCCCCCCCUUGUACUGGCUUGUGUUCAUCGUGGGCGCCGUGGGCAACAGUCUGGUCAUCCUUGUCUACUGCUACUGCACACGGGUCAAGACCAUGACCGACAUGUUCCUCUUGAAUCUGGCAAUCGCCGACCUUCUCUUUCUCAUCACCCUUCCCUUCUGGGCCAUUGCUGCUGCCGACCAGUGGCGGUUCCAGCCCUUCCUGUGCAAUGUGGUCAACAGCUUGUACAAGAUGAACUUCUACAGCUGCGUGCUGUUGAUCAUGUGCAUCAGCGUGGACCGGUACAUCGCCAUCGCUCAGGCCAUGAGAGCCCAGACCUGGAGGCAGAAAAGGCUCCUGUACAGCAAAAUGAUUUGCCUCACCGUCUGGAUAGUGGCAGCCAUGCUCUGCAUCCCAGAAAUCCUGUACAGUCAACUCAGGAAGCAACUGGACAUUACCAUCUGCACCAUGGUUUACCCCAGCGACCAGAGCACCAGAGUGAAGUCCACAGUCUUGACCCUGAAGGUCCUCCUGGGCUUCUUCCUCCCUUUCGUGGUCAUGGCGUGCUGUUACACCAUCAUCAUUCACACUCUGUUACAAGCCAGGAAGUCCUCCAAGCACAAGGCCCUGAAGGUGACCAUCACGGUCCUUACGGUCUUUGUCCUGUCUCAGUUCCCCUACAACUGCAUUCUGUUGGUGCAGACCAUCGAUGCCUACACCAUGUUCAUUUCCGACUGUGCCAUUUCCAUCAACAUUGACAUCUGCUUCCAGGUCACUCAAACCAUUGCCUUCUUCCACAGUUGCCUGAACCCCGUCCUCUACGUCUUUGUGGGCGAGAGAUUCCGCCGGGAUCUCAUAAAGACCCUGAAGAACUUGGGUUGCAUCAGCCAGGCACAGUGGGUCUCAUUCACGAGGAGAGAGGGAAGCGUGAAGCUAUCAUCCAUGCUGCUGGAGACGACCUCUGGUGCUCUCUCCUACUGAGGGGUCUCCGCUCCGACAUGGAUGGCCCUUUUCGGAAAUUACGAGAAAUACGGGGGUACACCUGUGCCACGUGCAACUGGAGGGAAACCAAUGAAGAAGAAGAAGAAGGAAGUGGGGAUAAAGACAAACCCGGAAAGGGAUAAAUUUGGACGAUUACUUUAGUUAGAAUUUCCAAGCCAGAGUUUUCCAAACUGACUGGCUGUCCACUGAGACUGUUGCUUGGCUCUUGGCUACAAUGGCUGCAGUUUUCAAAGGAGGACUAACACCUGGUCCCGCAGACCCCCCCGGCUUUUUGCCACCUGACGGAGCAUUGAUGCGGCUGACCUUGGAAGGGUUUCUGUAACUCCUGCCGGGUUGACCUGCCCGAGGACUCUGCUUGUCCACUCGUGUCACAGGGGUGGGUCAGCCUGCGGGGAGACCCCGAGAGCCCAAGUUGGCAGAACCGGCUCUGGCUCUGUCUUGGGCGCACUCUGCCGAGUGGCUUCUGGGAUGGUCUGCUUCGUCUCCUCCCUAUAAAACGAGUUAGUUUUAUUGAGCCUCUUUUUUUCUGAGCUUGCUGGAAGGAUAUAUGCCUCCCUGCUGCUUCUCUUUUUCUUAUUGUACAGUGCUGACCUGUCCAAAGGCUUCCAAUUCUGAGAUGAGGCUGGGGAAAAAAAAAAAAAAAGUAAUGCAGCUCACUUUUGCUUUGUGUCUUCUAUCUCACCUGUGAAAAUGUUUUAUAUACCAGAAAAAGUGCUUUUUGACGAUUGUGUAAAAUACUCAUUACUGGUCACUUUCUUUGUCAUUUCUGUAUUUUAGAAGUGCCCCGUGAGAGGUCCCGUAGCCACAUUAGAGUGUGAAGAACAGAUCAGGAUAAGGAAAUAAAAUCUCUGAAACACUUUAAAGCCA